AUUUUUUAUUAAAAAAAAUGUCUGAAAUAAAAAGUGUUAUCAUUAUAAUUACAAUUAACCUAAUUGUUUGCGCAAAUUGUGUUUAUGAUCUAAUAGAGGAUCGCAUAAAAAGGGUUCGUCAGGAUAUCAUCAAAUGGGCCGACGAUAAUCCCAAUGAUGUCGACACCUAUGACUUGGAGCACAUCAAAGCUAAAGAUUUUAUUAUCGAAAGAUAUCUUAUGGAAUAUAAUUUUGGUGAGAAAGAGGCAAUGGAUAAGAUUAUAAGUGCACUGAAAUUUUACAAAAGUGAAGGUUUGGCCCAAUUGGAUGACCAGUAUUUUCCAUCAGAAUUUUACGCCACCGGUUGGCUUAUCCGUCACGGAGUGUCCAAAACGGGCGGUUAUAUCGUCGGCUUUUGUAAUCGAUGUAUGGUUCCCUAUAAUGAUGUCAGUUGGAAGAUGUUUGAAUUGGGCCGCAAAUUUGUUGCCUAUUUUCUCUAUAAAAAUCGUAUGGAAUUAGAUAAAGGACCCCGACUUGGCUACAAUGCUAUGAAUGAUACCGGUAUUGUCCACAUAGAUAUCAGAUUAGUCAAAUUUAUAGCUGAAUAUCUAAACUAUUAUAUGCCGCAAACAUCGCUUACCUGUAUUGUUACAGACAUGCCAUUUGCAGUGGCCGUACCGUUCAAACUGGUUGUCAAUCUACUGUCACCGAAAUUUAAAAACAAAGUCGUCUACACAAAGAUGAGUGAUAUCGGCAGUUGGAUCGAUACUAAAGAAAUACCUCAAUAUUGUGGCGGAAAAUACAAGAAUUUUUCCCGAAUACCUGAAGGCGUCAAAAGUGGCAAAUGUUUGACUCAUUUGAAUCACAUUCCAGCAAAAGAUUGGAUUGAAUUUAGGAAACAGAAUAUUAAAUGUAUUAAAGAAGGGAUGAGAGAUAUGGGCAUCAAAUCUGUUAUUAAAUAUCUUAAUAUUGAUUGUUAGCAUUAAAUU